AUGGCUACUGCUCUUGUAGCAUUACCGCGAGCCUCCCUGCCGGUCAGGCGAUUGCUGCGGCCUCAAUCCAAACCAAUCGACCUGUCCCGUAUCUGCGUACGGUGCCUCUCUCAGCAACAACACCUUCGUCAACGAGUCGCGCCCGAAAAGCAGACCACUGAAGCGUUGAGUUUCCUGGAAAGAGAUGUCUUGUUCAGCGACAGACACAUCGGCCCUUCACGCAAAGAUGAGGUGCAGAUGGUCAAGGCACUCGAUCCACCAGCCAAGGAUCUCGACGACUUCAUCAGCCAAACCCUGCCUGGAGACAUUCGCGCUAAGAAGCCUCUGGUUGUGCAGAACAUGUUUGGGAAAGAGAACGGCGAGGGGCUGCAUGAACAUGGCAUCGAAAGAGAACUCCACAGCCUGCAGAAUACCAACCGUGCCUGGCGAUCAUUUAUCGGAGCAGGGUACUACGACACGAACACACCGACGGUCAUUCAGCGAAACAUUCUCGAGAACCCUGCAUGGUACACCAGCUACACGCCCUACCAGGCCGAGAUCAGUCAAGGUCGUCUUGAGUCGCUGUUGAACUUUCAGACCCUUGUUACUGACCUUACUGGUCUCGCGAUUGCCAAUGCCUCCGUCCUAGACGAGGGCACUGCCGCAGCGGAAGCAAUGACCCUCUCCCUGAAUGCUCUCCCAAUGUCUCGACAGAAAAAGCCAGGCAAAGUAUUUGUGGUGUCCGAUCGUGUCCACCCUCAAACAAUUGCAGUCCUCGAGUCAAGAGCGACAGGAUUUGGCAUCAAUAUUGUUGUAGGAGAUGUUCUGAAGAAUGACUGCGAGCUUGUCAAAGAUCAAGGUGCCAACCUGAUUGGUGUGCUAGCGCAAUAUCCUGACACGACCGGUGGUGUCUUCGAUUUUCAGCAUCUGUCGGAUGUCGUACACACUGCCGAGGCAACGUUCAGUGUAGCCACGGAUCUCCUGGCCCUGACUCGUCUCAAGGCUCCAGGAGAGUUUGGCGCGGAUGUUGCUUUUGGAAAUGCACAACGAUUCGGUGUUCCUCUCGGCUAUGGUGGACCUCAUGCGGCUUUCUUCGCCUGUAAUGAGAAGCACAAACGGAAGAUCCCAGGCCGACUUGUCGGUGUUUCCAAAGAUCGUCUUGGAAACCAGGCUCUGCGUUUGGCUCUUCAAACUCGUGAGCAGCAUAUCAGAAGAGAAAAGGCCACCAGUAACAUUUGUACCGCUCAGGCGCUCCUCGCGAAUAUGAGUGCUUUUUACGCCAUCUACCAUGGUCCACAUGGUCUCAAAAAGAUUGCUGAGAGGGUAUCAGCCAUGGCAAGGUUUGCUCAACACAUGCUCAAAUCCAAAGGAUAUGAAAUUGUCACGGAAGGAUUGGGAAAAGAUGGAUCUGUUCUGUUCGACACGGUCACUGUGCGAGCAAAGGACCAGGAGGAUUAUCAAAACAUCUUAGCUUUCGCGAAGAGAAAGGAGAUCCUAUUCCGCCGUCUUACUCUCACCGGCCGCGACGACCUCCUCGGCUUCUCUAUUGACGAGACCACUUCAACCAGAGAUCUCGGUCACCUGUUGGAAUGUUUCGGUGUGCCCAACUCUGAGUACAUGGCCGCAUUCAAGAAGCCAGACUUUGUCGCAGCCUCGAAUGCCGAUCCAAUCCCGCCCGCAUUGAAGCGACAGACCCCCUAUUUAACACAUCCUGUUUUUAACUCGCACCACUCCGAGACCGAGCUGCUCAGAUAUAUCUACCAUUUACAGUCAAAAGAUCUAUCGUUGGUCCACUCCAUGAUCCCUCUUGGAUCUUGCACCAUGAAGCUUAAUGCAACCACCGAGAUGCUACCAGUAUCUUUCUAUGGCUUUUCCAAACUCCAUCCUUUUGCCCCCAUUGAGAAUGCACAGGGGUAUGUGCAGUUGUUUACGAGACUAUCCAAUGCUCUUACUGCGAUCACCGGUAUGCAAGAUGUCAGCCUCCAACCCAACUCUGGCGCCCAGGGAGAAUUCGCUGGCUUGCGCGUGAUCAAGAAGUAUCUCGACAGUAAGGAAGAGACCAGGGGGAGAAACAUCUGUCUGAUUCCUGUGUCUGCCCACGGAACUAAUCCUGCAUCAGCCGCCAUGGCUGGAAUGAAGGUUGUUCCUAUCAAAUGUGAUACCAAAACCGGCAACUUGGACGUGGAUGAUCUUAAGGCGAAAUGCGAGAAACACAAGGACCAGCUGGCUGCUAUCAUGGUCACCUACCCCAGUACAUUUGGUGUUUUUGAACCCGCGAUCAAGGAGGUCUGCCAAAUUGUCCACGAUCAUGGAGGACAGGUCUACAUGGACGGUGCCAAUCUCAACGCUCAAAUUGGCUUGUGUAAUCCCGGCGAGAUUGGUGCCGACGUCUGUCACCUCAAUCUACACAAAACUUUCUGUAUUCCUCAUGGUGGAGGUGGCCCUGGUGUCGGACCCAUCGCGGUUAAAGAACACCUCCAGCCAUUCUUGCCGUUCCAUCCUCACGUCGACCCUCACCAAGGCACCAACCGCGCAACGACAGCCAUUUCUCCCGUCAGCUCUGCUCCAUGGGGUAGUGCCUCGAUCUUACCGAUCAGCUAUGCAUAUAUUCAACUUAUGGGUGCCAACGGCCUCAAGCACGGCACAGAGAUGGCACUGCUGAAUGCAAACUAUAUCAUGUCUCGUCUCCGACCACAUUACCCGAUUGUCUACACGAAUGCAAACGGCCGCUGUGCACACGAGUUCAUCCUAGACGCUCGUGGUUUCAAGGAAACCGCCGGGGUUGAAGCCAUUGAUAUCGCCAAGCGUCUCCAAGACUACGGAUUCCAUGCACCGACAAUGAGUUGGCCAGUUGCAAACACCCUGAUGAUCGAACCGACCGAGUCGGAGUCCAAGGAAGAGCUCGACCGGUUCUGCGACGCGUUGAUCGAGAUCCGAAAAGAAAUCAAGGCAGUUGAAGAUGGCCACGUUCCCCGAGAAGGUAAUGUUCUCAAGAUGGCACCUCACCCACAAGCAGAUCUGCUGGGUAAGGAUUGGGACCGCCCAUACACCCGGGAACAAGCAGCUUAUCCACUGCCUUGGUUGCGGGAGAAGAAGUUCUGGCCUUCGGUGGCACGUGUCGAUGAUGCGUUUGGCGAUACCAAUCUCUUCUGCACCUGCACGCCAGUUGAAGGAUACGAAGAGUAA